CAGUGCACGUGGCUGGAGAAAGGGGUGGAGCGAACCUCUUUGUUAUCGCCGUACUUAUUCCGCUGUUGCGACAGAAAUAUCUACCUUUAUCUAAACCGGUAACUAACCUGGAACGGUCUUUCGCGUUCGGCUAGGACAUAGCCAGGAUAAACGUUGCAAACAGAGACAUCACCCUCGACCAUUUCUGUGUCUGUCUCCCAUUGAAGAUGUUUUCCACGGCCACAAGAAACUUUGUGGAGGAGAUUGAUGAUGAUGGCAGCUUGAUCCCUGUGUCCAGUCUGAUUGACUCAGACAAACUGGUCCCUCUCUCACUGGUUGUGAAACGCAAGCGUUUUUGGAUUUGGCAGAAACCCAAGUACCUGCCCUCUGAUUUUACCCUCAGUGAUGUGCUGACUGGAGACACACCCUUAACCCCAGUUGUGGUCAAGACUGAUUUCCUAAAGUACCAAGGGACAUUUGGUGACAACAAAUCAGGAAACUUUGAGUCGAAUUUGGUUGCUGUAAACCUUAAAGUGGAGGGGAAAGACACAUCUAAACUCCAGUCGUCCUUCGGCAGCCUGAAGAAAGAGGAGGUGGAUGUACAGAAGUUGCUGCGCGACUCCAAAGACAAGCUUUUGGACAUGUCCCACUGUCUGAUCCAGCAGACCCGUGAGAAGUCCAGGGAGGUGUUUGCGGUGGUGAAGGAGAGGAUUGUGACGACCCAGCCGUGUUCGGUCAUAGAGGAGGUCCAGCAGGGGGGGCAGUUAGGGGAGCUGCUGAGCUUCUGUGGGCCCAAGAGCACCCAGGCGUCUGUAAAGGAGAACAGCAGCCUGCACAAAGACAGCAACGUGUCUCUGGAGAUUCCUGCCCACACCGUCAUCGCUUACGGCAUUAUAGAGCUGGAGAUCAAACUCAACGGACACUAUGAGCUGUGCCUAAUGUCCGACACUCUUGGGGGGUUCGAGGUGGAUGGGCCUGUUAAGAAGAGCUUAGUGGGGGUGUCUGGCGCUCGCGACGACACCCCAAAGAAGAGCUUCUUUCAGAGAGAACUGGAGAAACUGAGGGGUCAUUUCCAGCUGCUGUCAGUCCUGCCAGCAGACACACGUUCCUCUCUGCUCCAGCUCCUCAAGACAACCAUGGAGGACAGAGAGGCAGUCAGUGUGCUGGAGAGUGUGCUGGACCAGAUGUGCACAGGUAAGACAGCUGACCUGGGGGAGGUUAAGGAAGCGUCUCAGAUGCAGACAGUCCAGGCCAUACUGAACCUUCUAGAGCAUUCGGACUCCAGCCCAACACGGUCCCUCCUUAGUGAUUCCAGCCAGACACCCUCCCUCCUCAGUGAUUCCAGCCAGACACCCACCCUCCUCAGUGAUUCCAGCCAGACACGGUCCCUCAGUGAUUCCAGCCAGACACGGUCCCUCCUCAGUGAUUCCAGCCAGACACCAUCCCUCCUCAAUGCCACUCAUCUCAUUAUCAGUGCCAUGGAUGGAAUGACAGAUGAGUGUCUCUCUGUGUUGGGAUCCUGUUGCAGUCCUCCAGUCUUACAGGCCCUGCAGAUCCUGGUGCAGCAUGUGGCAGCAGGGAGUGGGGAGACCCUCUCUCUGAGUGAUGCUGGUCUGGCUGUUCUGACUGAGGAGGAGCUGUAUCAGAGGACAGAGAGUCUCUUUGGUCACUCUGAAGUUACACUGAAGAGAGAGGAGGACACACUGAGGACAGAGAUGAAGGACCAGCCUGGAUACCUUCCUAUAGUCAUGAGUAUCACUGUGAAAGGCCUGGCCUCUUUAGUGUAAGGAGAGACUGAGUAAGAGAGGGAGGAGCGGUUUCCUUCCUCUCCGGCAACUGAGUUAGGAAGGGCGCCUGUAUCUUUGUAGUGACUGGGUGUAUUGAUACACCAUCCAAAGUGUAAUUAAUAACUUCACAAUGCUCAAAGGGAUAUUCAAUGUCUGCUUCUUUUUUUUUU